GCAGUACCUCUGCUUCUGCGUUCAAUAACCUAAAGCCCGCUGGCAGGUUGAAGGCGCGUGCCUGGAGCACGAACCAAAAAAAAAGCAUCUGCAGUAUUAUAAUACAAUUGUUCCAAGGAUUAAUUAAGAAUGAAUGCACUUUGGAAUGUGUUUAAUUUGGAACGCCCGCCGAAUUCAGUAUGGAACACCAAUCAGAAAGAUAUGAAAGCAUUCUCCUUGUCAAUUGACACAGUAGUCAAGGACUUGAUGGACAUGGAUAUUUUCCACAAGGAAGCUGCAGUCCUGGGACGUUUAAUUUACCGCAUGAAAAGCAAAUUUCGUAGUGAUAAAGGUUUAAAACAUAUGGCAAAGUUGAACAAAGCAUUGAUUACUUAUAACACUAUGAAUCUAGUCGAAGAAUACAAAACGUUGCGGCAAUAUAUCCAAAAAGAAGGCGAAACGUUUAGUUUACCAAGUAGACAAAUGGUGGAGUACGUGCUUGUAAGGACACAAGCUUUUGCAAAGCUUAUGGCCAGAAUAGAAGAAAUUGCAAGGUAUACUGGACAUUUCUUAAAAGCAAGAAUAGCAUUAGGCCAUGCGUGGAGCAUCUGUUUAAUCGCUUUCGCCUGUGUCAGCAGAAUUUGGUUUCUGUCGAAGCAAAUACUUAAGAAAUGUUGUACAUGGUAUAGGAACAUAUACCCCCAUCUAAACAAAUUUCAGUACAUUGGUCUACGUUGGCUUCCAGAGAACCAAAACUUGCCAUGUAAUUUGGAAUCGUGGCUCUCUUUAGACUGGCUAAAUGAAGAAAUAUCAAGCGUUGAACGUAAUAUAGUGUGGGACAGUACAAUGUUUCGACUACUCAAGCCUUUGGCAUCUGACAAUACAGAUGAGACAAAUUUGAUCACAUCCGAUAACAUCGCAACUGACGUUUCGCAAGAAAAUAAUUCGGGUCAUGGUGCAUUAGAAAAUAAAUCUGCGUUGCAUACUGAUGUUGGUGAAGUGAUAAAUCGGAAAGCUUUUAUGACGAAUACUGUCACAUCUCAGAUGUUGUCACAAAAUACUGAAAGUCCCGUAGGAAAAAAACGUAAACGUAAUGCGAAAAAAUUUGAAAAACACAAAAAUAAAAAACAGAAGUAAGGAACACUAGACAUUAAAUUGAAGAAAUUGGAGCAAAAGAGGCAUAAACCAAUAUCGCACAGUAAUAAUGAUUCCUUUGACACGGAUGUUACACGAGAUGUAAGAAUACCAAGCAAAAGAAAUAAUAAGAAGAAAUUAAAUCGAUGAAUAAACGAUAUAAAAGUUU